AUUUAGUUAUUUCAGAUGUUUCUGAAUUUACAACUUCAUGACUUCAGUUUAAAAAGUAAGCAAAGAUCUCCCACGGCCCCCACGGCGGGUCGCAGCAGCUCGGGUGGCGGGAGGAGCGGCAGCAGCCAGGCGGCCCAGCUUCGCGAAGGCUCUCAGCGCGCCACGGCCCACAGGCACCCGGCACGCGCCUGCCGCGCUGCCACGAUGCCCAAGAGGACGGUCAGCUCCGCCGAGGGCGCAGCGAAGGACGAGCCCAAGAGGAGGUCGGCCAGGUUGUCGGCUAAACCUGCUCCUGCAAAAGUGGAAACGAAGCCAAAAAAGGCGGCAGGAAAGGAUAAAUCUUCAGAUGACAAAGUGCAAACAAAAGGGAAAAGGGGAGCAAAGGGAAAGCAGGCCGAAGUGGCUAACCAGGAAGCUAAAGAAGAUUUAUCCGCAGAAAACGGAGAAACUAAAAAUCAGAGUCCAGCCUCUGAUGAAGCAGGAGAGAAAGAAGCCAAGUCUGAUCAAUAUCAUAUAUCAUGUCUUAUCAGUGGUCCCUGUCUCCCUUCUUGUACAAUCCAGAGGAAUAUUUUUAUCAACUAUUUUGUAAAUGGCAAGUUUUUUAGUAGCUCUAGAAACAUUUUUAAGAAGGAGGGGAUCCCACCUCAUCCCAUUUUUUAAGUGUAAAUGCUUUUUUUUAAGAGGUGAAAUCAUUUGCUGGUUGUUUAUUUUUU